ACUGCCUAUAAUCCACUGGGUUUCGGCUCGAAAGUGAUUUGACAAUUGGAUAUGUUCCCUCGUCAGCUGUUCUUUAAGUAUUUAACCCGGAAAAUGUGCGAAUUUUGUCAACUUUAAUCCUAUUAUGCAGUUCUAAUAUAUAAAUGAUAUCUUUAAAAGCACAGAAAAAAGAUUUUUUCCUGGGUCAAGAUAUUCUUGUGCAAGAAACUUUAAGAUAUGAACGGCUCAUAUUUUAAGGAGGAAGAGGCAGACUUAGGAAUUUUUAUCUUUUACUCAUGUCUUUUGCUUUAAGAAAGACUUCAGUUUCGUUUCUUGCCUAAGAUAUUUCUUGGAUCAAGAACUAGGCAAGAAACACUCUUUUAACCCUCCGAAGGUGUCCGCAUUUUAUCACACGAACGAAGUAUGUGGGUCCAAGUGGACCCACAUGUGGAUAAGUAAGGAAAACGUGACUUUUCAUCUGUACUGUGCUAUGUAAGAUAUUCUAAUUCUUCAUAUGGUUCUUAUGCAUCAUUAGAAGACUAACGAUUAGCGAAGAGAUCGCUUCGAAUUGCAUAGAUCUUAAAGUAGAAAAAAACAGAAAACACUACUGUGGGUCUCCUUGGACCCACAAACACCUCCGGAGGAUUAACAAGAAAUGCGCAAGGAUCUUUCUUUCGUGACAUCAAAAACUUCCAUUAGACCUAUAUCUACACAAAGUCAUUAGUUUCAAAAACAGCUAUUUUUCUAACCAAGAUUUUCAGGGGGAGUCCAACAUUUUUCCACCAGAUCGACAAUUUUUUUAUUAUUAGCGAUACCGGACUAGCGUAAAAAGAAGAGUAAACAAAUACAUGUCGCUCAUAGCUACUAUGUUAUUCUAUUCUUUCCAGUGUAAGUUAACUGUCCACUGGCAGAGUCUGUGCCACCUAGAUCCUCUUCUUGGCUACGCCACUGUAGCUGUUACUUGUCUCACAAUUAAGAUGAGUAAAUAAUGGUCGUUUCGUUAUUCUGACUACCUAAAAUUUUCGACUGAUUUAUGUCUAAUUUAGCUAAUGGCUUCUUCAUCUUCAUUAUCCAGUUCACGCUCCUCUUCAAAUAGCUCUCCACCACCGACACCAAAACGUCAUCGUCCACCUAUUCCAUGCGCUUAUAUCGAUAAAUUAAGCAAUAUUAAAUGUACUAAUGAUAAUUCGACACAAUGUUUUCAUUGUAAUCUUCAUUUUUGCCCAGAUCAUUUGAAUAUGCAUGAACAAUUUCAAACUCUAAAAUUUCGUGCUCAACAAGAGAAUGAUGAACUAGAACGAUUGAAAGUACAAACAAAUCGUGAUGAAAUGCAUCGACUCAUCGAUUAUUGGCAAGAAAAAGAAAUGGAAGAAAUUAAAGUGAAAUAUGCUACUAAAAAAAGCAAUUUUGAUCGAGAAUAUAGUGAAGUAUGUAAAAAUUUAGAAACAUCAAAAACAGAUUUUGCAGCAGAAAUCAGAACAAAUAUAAUGACACAAAUUGAACAUUUAUCAACGAAAAACGAUGUACAUCCUGAAGCUAUUCAAGAAUUAAAAUUUUCAUUACAAGAAUUAAGUGAAAAAAUCGAAAAUUUAAGAAAAUCAACAGUAUUUACCAUAGAAUAUGUAAAUAAUUCAAUUAAUAUUAAAAAACCAAAUGUCGACGAAUCUACGCGAAAUGAUAUUUCUAAUGGUACGAAAAUAUUUCAACCGGAAGAUGUUGAAAAAAUGUUUCAUUCACCUAUUAGUAAAAAAUUUCAACUCGAUACAAUAAGUGAUAAAAGAUUUAGUGGUAUAUUUGAUUGUUCCAACGAAUUUAUUUUGGUUAAUGAUGUUCACAAAUUACGUGUUUUCAAUAAAGACAAACAAGUAAAUGAAUUACGAUGGAAUGGUGAACAAAUCAAAGAUAUUCAAUGGAAUGAAUUAAUGUCAAAAUUUUUAAUAUUAACCAAUACCCAUUUAUUUUCAUUAUCACCAUUAACAAUGAAUCUAAUUAAAAUUAGACAGAUUAGAAGUAUAUUUGGUGAACAAUUAUCAUGGAUGACAAGUAGUCAGAAACAUUUAUUUAUCAGUCAUUACGAUGGCGAGUAUAUUCAACAUUGGUCAAUUGACAAAGAAAAACAAAGUCAGGCAGUAGAAACAAAAUUAAAAUUAUUAAAACGAUAUACACGUGAAGAAGAUUUUAGUAACUAUUGGAUAUAUCGUAUAAAAUUAACACGUGAUUGUAAAUUGAUUAUUAUGAAUGUUUUAAACGAAGAUAUGAUCGGUGAACAUUUAAUUCAAUUGAGAGAAAUGGAAACGAUGAAAUUAUUAAAACUAAUUGGUAAAGAAUUUAAAAUUUGUUUUGAAUUAGCCUUUAAAAAUGAUCAACAAUGGUUGGUAGCUGAUUGUGAUAGUGAUGAAUAUUAUUUUUAUUUACUUGAUCGAAAAGGAAAUGAUAUGAAAAAGGUAGAUUACAAAUUUAAAAAUGAUGUUUGGUUACGAAUGUUGGAAAAUAAACUAGUGGUGUGGAAAUCAGAUGAAAAUGGAGAAUCAGUAUUAGAAUUACAUUAA